CAAUCUUCUGGUCGAGUAAUAUUUCGUGGCUCUUGGUCAAAUAACUGUUGUGCAUUUGAGUAAGAGUAUUGCGAAAUGUAUUUCAUCGUUCUGCUAUGCUACAGCCUACAUAAUUACUCGAAUUCUGACAAUUUCACUCAGUUCUAGAUCAAGGUUGGGAGCAAUUAUUUCGUCAGUGUUUUGAUACGUUUAUUAGUACAGUAUACUUCAUUUAAACUUAUAAAAUCAGCGUUAACAUUUAAAAAAAUAUGUCAGUAUUGGGAACAGCCUGCGAGGUUUUAGUUUCCUUGCACGGUAAUUUUCCUGCUGUAAGUGGGUCGUAAGUUGUGUCAACCGCCGGGCAUUGGGUCACGGUCAAUGUGUUCGAGACGGCCGCCAUGUGUGCACCGUGGCACUUCGUCGUGCUGCUGUUGCUGAGCGGCGCCAGCGCGUGGCCUGUCAUCAGGCCGUGGUCGAAUGGUUAUUUCGGCUAUGAUGGUACAUUGCUACGCAAUAAUGAUACCAAUCGUACCAGCAGAGUGCUCAACUUCUUCCCCAUCCCCGUCAGUGUGGAGUGUCCCUCGGAUGAUGGCCGCAGAACUGGGGUGUGUCUGAACGUGUAUGAGUGCCGGAUGCAGGGUGGCCGGGCAAAUGGACCGUGUGCCCUGGGUUUUGGAGUUUGCUGUGUCUUCACAGCAACUUGUGGUGCUGACAUUGUCAACAACAUGACCUACUUUGUCAGCCCAGCCUUUCCUGCCCUGUCACGUGAUGCAGCUGUCUGCAAUGUUCAAAUUCAGAAGGUGGCUCCCAGCGUCAGCCAGCUGCGACUUGACUUUGUGCACUUCAAUCUGGGGCAGCCGAAUAGACGGACAGGUGUGUGUGAAUCGGAUGUGUUUGUUAUGAGUGGUGGAGUGACCCAGAACCUGAAACUUUGUGGGCAGAACAGUGGCCAGCAUGUGUAUUAUGAUGUGGAGAAUGUGAAAGACCCAAUCAAUAUCGUUAUCAACCUGACCCACAACAACUUGUUCCGUAUGUGGGAGAUCAAGAUCAUACAAAUUGAGUUCACUGAACGUGCUCCUGCUGGCUGUAGGCAGUACCACCAGGGUAGCAGUGGAAUCAUCCAGACAAUGAACUUUGCAGAUAAUGGCCGUCACCUGGCAGACCAAGACUACAACAUCUGUAUGCGGCAGGAAGAAGGAAUGUGCUCAAUAGCGUAUGAACCAUGUGAUGAGAACUCCUUCAAGAUUGGACCCCCUGUUCUGUCAGACCCUGGCUCAGGAGAUGGCGGCAUCGGAGACAGUCGAGACUGUGAUGACAAGAUUGUGAUGCCAUGUGACUCGGAGGAAUUCUUAAUGCCUGAAUCCAGUGGACCUGGGGUCUGUGACCUGCUGCACUGUGGCAGCUCAUUCUGCAACCAGGGGGAGAAGCCCUGUCGCAUAGAGAGUAGUUCCACUCCUUUCAACAUCCGGGUGCAGUUUGGUCCAGGCAUCAGAGAGGAGUCUCCAGAAGAUAAUAUUGGCAUGUGUCUGCAUUAUGAACAACUGCCAUGUUAUGUGUGAUGACAAUUCGUAUCAUGUGCCUGUUAUAUAUUCAAACUGCUGAAGGAGUAAUUUAUUUUUAAUACUAAAUGUUUUACGUGUCAUUUGGUAGAAUGUGAGUGAGUCAGUCAUAUGUGGGUUUCACCAUGUCCUCAAUGAAAAUUAGUAUGAAACAGGAUAUUCUACAAGACAAGACAGGAACGCAUCCCGGGCCUAAAUCAAGGGCUACCUGUAAUUGAUCUUACAAAUACUGUGGUGGACUGGAUUCAUUUAACUCGGGAUAGGGAAUGGUGGCAGGCUUUUGCGAACACAGUAAUGGACAUUCAGUUCUAUUAAAGUCACAGAAUUCCUUGUCAAAGUGAGUUUCAGCUUUUCAAGGAGUCUUCCAUAGAGUUAGUAUUUUUAAAUAUUACAUUUAUAUAAAGAUCUAUCUCUGUUAUUACUACAUUUAUCAAUGGUUUGAAAUGGUUCAAACCAGUUACCAAAUGUUUUACAGCUCAUAAGGCAUUGAACUGGAACAGAACCAGGAAAUGAGAUUACUGUACAGUGUGAACCUAAACGUAACCUUAUUUCAAACAGUUUGAAGCCCUGCUGGUAACAGUCUUCAUAUAGGUUGUGGAUGAGGAUACAUAGCUGGAUGUUUCUCAAGAAUUGUAAACCUGAAUUUAUUCAACCAUCUUCUUUA